AUGGAUUAAAAGUAAGGUAAAGGCCCUGAACAAGGUUCAAGCAAAGAGCCAAUUAUUGAAGGAUAUUAAAUUGUAGAAAGAUUAGGAAAAGGCUCGUUUGGUAGUGUCUAUAAAGCUGAAAAGGAUGGUAAAACUUAUGCAUUGAAGAUGAUUAGUAAGUCAUAUAUGAAAGAUAGACCAUUCUUAAGAAAGUAUAUUCAAAAUGAAAUAGAAUCUAUGAAAAGCAUUAACUGUGUGAAUUGUGUUAAAUUAUAUGAUUAUUUUGAAACUAAUCUUGCUCAUUUCUUUGUUAUGGAAUAUUGUGCUGAAGGAAAUCUAUUUAAUUUAUUACACUCCAAAAAUGGGUAGGGUUUACCAGAAAAUGAAGCAUUAGUCUACUUUUCUUAAAUCUUAAAUGGACUCAAAACAAUCCAUGAAAAAGGGUAUAUGCAUAGAGAUUUAAAGCCAGAAAAUAUACUAAUUCACAACAAUGUUGCUAAAAUCUGUGAUUUUGGGUUUGCUAGACCUCUAGGAUUUAAUGAAUUAACUACUACAGUCUGUGGAACAGCAGAGUAUAUGCCUCCAGAACUUCAUUAGCAAUAGCCCUACGAUUAUAAAGCAGAUAUAUGGGCACUAGGAGUUUUGCUUUAUGUUAUGGUUUUUGGACACUUACCUUUUUAUGGGUAAUUUAUAUUUUAAAUGAUUGAAAGGUAGUGUAAAGAUAAAGUUUAUGACACAGAUAGAUGGGUGCAAAAAUUCCCUAAAUCUAAAGAAAAGGCUGACAAGCUCUCACCUGAAAUCAAAGAUUUUUUCUCCAAAGUGUUUGUUUAUGAUUAAAAAUAACGUAUAAACUUUUUCUAAAUAAUGAGUCAUCCUCUGAUAGAAAAAAUGGAUGGGCCUUAGUUCUCACACUUGAAUAAGAAUUAAUCUAAGCUAUUUUAUUCUACAAGAUUCGAAGAAAAUUAAAAAAGUCUUAAAGACACAUACGAUUAGAUUGACGGAGAAGAGCUUUUAUCAUCCUAAUAAACUAAAGAUACAAAGAAAUAAAGCGAAAACAAAAGCUUAAAAACUGUGAUUGAGACAAAUGAAAGGACCGAUCUAUCAAAUUAAGAUGAUAAUGCAGUGAGUAUAAAUUUUAAAGAUGAGGAAAAUAUACAUUAUAUAGACUCCGAUAUUAGAUCCUCUUCAGCAGUUAAACUUAAACAAAGCAUCUACAAAAAAUCAUUAGAACUUUAUAAUUAUGAGAUUGAAAAGUAUUAGUUCCUAUUUCAUACUUUAGAACUUCUUUCUAGAGAAUUAUCAAGUCAAGAUGGACUCACUUGCUAUUUUAUAAAUAAAGCUUGGAAUUUUUAUGCUAAAAGACUUAAAUAUUCUUUAGAAUAAAAAGAAAAUAUUUUUUUACUUCCCUAAAAUGAUUGGGAAAGUUUUGUUGUGAGUAAUGAGUAUGCUUAGUUGUUAAAAAAAGUAGUAAGUGAUGAAAAGCAAGCUGCUAUUCAUUUACAUAAAAAUUAUAUGAAGUUAGGUAGUGAAAUGCAAAAUUAGGAUGGAGUUCUUAUGUAAAUAAAUGAAAAUUCAUUUGAAGAAUUUAAGUUACCAUAUAGGAAGGCAUUAAUGGAAACAUUUAAUACCUUAGCUGAUUUACACAAAAAAUUAUAUAAUUUAAAUAAGGAACAUGGUACUAAAGUUUAUAGAAUAGCUAUGAAAAUAUUGUUAUGCUAUUUCAUUAAUAGAAUAUUUAACACUGAAGAAGUUAAAACAAAUUUAGCUGUAUAUUUUGAACUUACUCAAUAUAGUACAUUUGAUUUCAAUCAAUUCUACAAUUGGAGCAACACUGUAGGUAGGGUAUAAGCCAAUAAAUUAGUUAAGAAUAUUUUAGAAGUUCUUAUCUAGCAAAAUCAGUGA